AUGGCGACGGUGAGGGUGGCAUGGGCCAUGCGGGCGGUCGCUGCGGGUGGGCUGUUGCGCGGCCCAGAGGGCGCCCGGAGGCUGAGCGGCAGCGCGCGGCGGCGGGCGGCUGGGAGCGCCAGUCCCGGGCGCCGGCUCAGCACCGCCGGAGUGCCAGCCCAGCCCCGGAGCGAGGAAGCCGAGGGCGCGGAAGACGCCGUCCCGCCUCCUGCCGCAGAGGAGCCGUCGUGGAGUCCGCCCUCCGCACCGCUCGUGGCCCCCGAGCACCCUGCCCGCCGUUCGCUGGUGCAACGGGACAUCCAGGCCUUUUUGAACCAGUGUGGGGCCAGUCCCGGGGAGGCGCGCCACUGGCUCACGCAGUUCCAGACCUGCCACCACUCCUCCGACAAGCCCUUCGCGGUCAUCGAGGUGGAUGAGGAGGUGCUCCAGUGCCAGGAGACUGUAUCCAGCCUGGCUUUCGCCCUGGCCUUCCUGCAGCGCAUGGACAUGAAGCCGCUGGUGGUCCUCGGACUGCCUGCCCCUACAGCGCCCUCGGGCUGUCUCUCCUUUUGGGAGGCCAAGGCCCAACUGGCGCAGAGCUGUAAGGUACUGGUGGAUGCCCUUCGACACAAUGCCGCCACCGCAGUGCCCUUUUUUGGAGGCGGAUCAGUGCUGGGCGCCGCUGAACCCGCCCCCCAUGCCAGCUAUGGUGGCAUCGUCUCGGUGGAGGCAGACCUGCUGCAGUGGUGCCUGGAGUCCGGCAGUAUCCCCAUCCUGUGCCCCAUCGGGGAGACGUCUGCGCGCCGCUCUGUGCUCCUGGACUCGCUGGAGGUGACGGCGGCGCUGGCCAAAGCGCUACAGCCCACCAAAAUCAUCUUCCUCAAUACCACAGGCGGCCUGCGCGACGCCAGCCGCAAGGUCUUAAAUAACGUGAACCUGCCCGCGGACCUGGACCUGGUCACUAACGCAGAGUGGGUGAGCACCAAAGAGCGGCAGCAGAUACGGCUCAUUGUGGAAGUGCUUAGCCGUUUGCCCCACGACUCCUCAGCCGUCAUCACUGCCGCCAGCACAGUGCUCACGGAGCUCUUCAGCAACAAGGGGUCCGGGACACUGUUCAAGAAUGCAGAACGGACGCUGCGAGUGCGGAGCCUGGACAGCCUGGACCUGGGCCGCCUGGUGAACCUGAUCAACACCAGCUUUGGCAGGAAGCUCCGGGAUGACUACCUGGCCACGCUGCGCCCACGGCUGCACUCCAUCUAUGUCUCUGAGGGGUACAACGCAGCCGCCAUUUUGACCACAGAGCCGGUGCUGGGAGGCACCCCAUACCUGGACAAGUUUGUGGUGAGCUCCAGCCGCCAGGGCCAAGGCUCAGGCCAGAUGCUAUGGGAAUGCCUGCGGCGGGACCUGCAGACUCUCUUCUGGCGCUCCCGAGUCACCAACCCAAUCAACCCCUGGUACUUCAAACACAGCGAUGGCAGCUUCUCCAACAAACAGUGGAUCUUCUUCUGGUUCGGCCUAGCCGAUAUCCGGGACUCCUAUGAGCUGGUUAACCAUGCCAAGGGGCUGCCAGACUCCUUCUGCAAGCCAGCUUCUGACCCAGGUAGCUGA